ACGCGAUUGAAUGCCAACGUCAGAGCGUGAGCCGUGAGACGGUGAGACAAAUCCGGAGGUAUUGAUUCACUGAAUGGCGGGACCCUGCGCAGGGCCUGGGCUAAGAUAGAAUCCGUCCAUUCGGUGAGGCGUGGUCACCUGGGCGGUGAGCCAGGGGCGUUCCUCUCCGGAGCCGGACACAUUGCCACUAGCCCGUGUUGGCACUAGCGCUGCAAAACUAUCGGCAGCAACGAAGAUUCAUUAUCGUGAGCACAUGCCAGUCUUUUCGGCCUUUCUGGAGAAGGACCGGCGCAAAGCAAUAUGGCUCCAAUCAGAAAGCGAACUUCCACGAGUAAACCCGCGAGUGGCCGAGGGGCUUUGGCAUCGACCAAAGCCAGCCUCUUCGAUGAUGACUUUCGCACUACCAAGAAAGACAAGCGCUUGAUCAAGCAUGCCAGCUUCAUGUCCAAAAUCGAAAAAAACUCACAGAAGUCCACUAAGCGCCGACGUGCCUCGAAGAAACUCGCUGCCAAUCUUGACUCGUUGGCCGAUGCCCUCCCGGACGCCGACGGUGAAGUGAACGAUCCCAGCAAGCAAGUGAACAUCAUCAAGCAAAAGACCUUGCAGCAUAAACCAGGUGCUAUGAAGCGCAGGGAGAAGCUGGAGAAGGUAGAACGGGACCGGUUCGGAAGGAACAUGGCACAGCUGUCGAGCAUGGAGGCAACGGCGCCAGCCAACACGGACUCGAAUACCGAUGCAGGCACAGCCUCUAACAGAUGGGCGGCUUUGCGCAGCUUUAUAUCUCAGACAAUGGAGCAGCAACCCGCGUUCAAAACCAACAAGUAGUGUGAUGCGAGCCUUGAACUAUGAGUAUCUCGAGGGCAGUCCGCUCACUCACCUCGUUCUCCGAGGCGCAGUCAUGGCCAAUCGACAUUGACCUUUUUUUGCGAUCGAUG